AUGGUGUCUGAUGGAUGCAUCAUGCAGAUAACAAAAAGCACUGAUGGGGUGAAUAUACCUAGAACAUAGAGCUAAAAAAAUAAGACAAAAUAAUAAUUACUCCUUUGCUAAAAAGGAAUGACAUUUUUGCACCGAAGUGUACAGGAUAGUAAACAUUUUUGCAAACAAUGCGGAGCAAGUUAGUAAUCGAAAAGAUAAACUUAAGUGGUAUCUGAGCAAAGCAGAGUUUGUUGCAUUGUUACAAUAGACUGCUCCCCGUUUAUUAAUUACACUGACCAAAGUUUUUCAAAAAUGUAGUUAAUAUAAUCUAUGGUGAACAAUAAAAUUAAUUUAUGAUGCGUACAUGUAGUUGUUUAAUUGUUGUACUAUCCUCACCAACCUAGCUUAAAAGUGAAAAUUUCCCCAAAAAAAAGAAAAAUCAAGACUAGUGUUCCUUGUUUUUUCUCUUACAAAGAUCAAAAAUGAACUGUCAUUUUUUUUAGAAAUGACCUAUUAUAGCCACUGAUCCUUGCUUUAUACGUAAUCUUGAAUGGGCUCGUCCCAAGAAAUUUAUCAUAAACGGGGAGGAAAAAUGACACUAAAGGUUGCAUAAUUACAGCAGUGGCUAGCCUCCCACGCAGACGUUCUUAGGGGUUCGUCACGCGUUAAGAACGUAGGCGUGGAAGACUAAGUAGUGGCGAGUUAACUCUUUCUCUAUGAACGAUUCCGCUAAUUAAAUCUCUUAAAUUGCUUAUUUCUCAAACAUAAUCUUAAGACUUUAUUAAUUUUGUUGUUCUAGGCAGUGGAAAAACUUUGGAACAUUGUGACUAUGAAACCUGGUCUUUCCCAAAAUGAUUUGAAAGCAAACGGUACUGGGGCAUUCCGUAUCAGUAACCAGAGUGAUUUGAUGUCUGAAGAUAUGCAAGUUCUUCAUGACAAACAUCACGCUAGACCGUCUAAAAACUUUACCGAUGAAACAAGUGUAAACAAAAGUUUAAACUUUGGCGAUUUUCAAGCACAGAAUCAAUGCAGAAAUGGCACAAGACAGGAGACCACUGUGAAAAGCGAGAUAAAAGAGCCCAGAUCUGUCCAGAUUCCUGGAAAUAGAUUGACAAAUCAUCACGUUAAACCGUCUGAAAGCUGCACUGAAGAGACAAGUGUAAACGAAAUCUUAAGCUUUGGUAAGGCUCAAGAAGAGUGUCAUGAUGUACAUGUACAUGGCACACUACAGAGCUUCACUGUAAAAAGGGAACUGACAGGUGCCAGAGCUGACCAGUUUCCUGAAAACAAAAUGACGAAUCUAAGGGAAUAAAGCUGGGGAGCUGUGAAGAGUGGGAAAAACAGUGAAGCAAAUGGCCAAAAUAAAAGGAGAGCAUCGGUAAGUUCUGUUUGUGAAGGCAUUCCUGUUGUGAAUUGCGAUGGGGUCUGAGCCACACCCAGAAACACUCCCAAGUCUCUUAUAACUCCUGCCACGUGCUUAUCAAGUCUGAACAAAAGAGCAAGAGGGUGCUGUGAUGGUUUGUUUAAGAGUGAACUGCAGAGCUGCUCAACACAAGGGUUUCUUGUGAAAAGAGGUCUUGCUAAACAGACACUGAACUACCAUCAGCAUACACCUUUGAGAAGCCAUAAUCAGCGAGUAUUACCUGGAACGGGACAAAAGGAUUACACUGCCUGUAACCAACCAUGCAAGGCAUCAAAUAUUGAACCUCGGAGUGUGAAAACGCCCCUGUUCAGGUUACCAACAAACCAAAGCUUAAUCGAAGAAAGACAUCUGGUAGAAGGACUAAAAAACAAUAAAUCUAUAGCAGUAGCUUCGAAUAACAUUGGAAUAAUAGCUAUAAACAAACCAAUGGCAAAAGCAGCAACUGUUGUAACCACUCCCAGUUCAAUAUACUUAAACAAACCAUGUACUACUCCAAUACGAAAAUUUCCUUCUUUCAGCCCACCCCUUAAUGGGAACAUGAACUCCCCCGUUACUACCCGUGUGGCUUGCUUCAAUGGAGGUGGUAUUACCCCACCCCUGUGUCACUGUGGGCGUCGUACUCGGCGCAGAGCGGUCAUCAAUCCGGGACCCAAUCAGGGAAGAGCUUUCUUUACAUGCUCUUUUAGUCACGGGAGAACAACUUCUGGUGCAAAUGCUGACAAAAAGAAGUCUAAAAGUGGUUGUAAAUUUUUUCGUUGGGAGGUCCGUUUAUAA